UGGGGUUGAUGCCAAGGUUUCUUCUAUGAAGUCAACCAGCUAGAAAAAGGGCUUUGUCUUUCAUGACAAAAUCUUUUAUAACAAAAACAACUUUUUUCUGCAAUUAUUUUUGUUUUUCUCCUCUCUUUAAGAUUUGCCAUGAAUGGGAUUAAUUGACAGUUUCAAAUUCUUAGCUAAUGAUCUGUAAAUCUCAUUUAAUUUUCUUCAAUAUGGGUAGAUUUAUUUGGCUACUCAUUUUGAAUUCUCAUCUCUGUCACCAUUAAUUUCCACCUUACACAAAAAAAAAACCCUUUCUUUCAAGUCUCUCUCUUUUUCUCUUUCCAUCUCUUUCUCUCUUACACCAAUUUGACUUUCCAGCUUCAUCUUAAACCAAAAGAGAAUUAAGAUUCGAACCCAUUACAGUCUCCAUCAAAAAGGUCUUGCCUUUUUCUAUUUUCCAAAACAAUUACAAACCAGUAUUAGAUAAUUUUGCUUAAUUGUUAGCUUUCUCCUUUCUUCUUCCAUUCUGGAUUUGGAUUUUGUCUCUACUGUUUUCUUUCUCCAAAAAUCUUCAAAUGGGGUUCCAUAAAAAAGUCCAUUCAAGCUAAAGAUUCAAUCUUUUUCUGUUUUCCAAAACAAUUACAAACCAGCAUUUGAAAAUUUUCCUUUCUAUUCUGGGUUUGUAUUGUAUCUUUUCAAAAUCUUCAAAUGGGGUUCCAUAAAAAAGUCCAUUCAAGCUAAAGAUUCAAUCUUUUUCUGUUUUCCAAAACAAUUACAAACCAGCAUUUGAAAAUUUUCCUUUCUAUUCUGGGUUUGUAUUGUAUCUUUUCAAAAUCUUCAAAUGGGGUUCCAUAAAAAAGUCUAAAGAUUCAAUCUUUAUUGAAAAAACAAUGUCUAGAAUUCUACUCCAAAGUGAUGUAAAGCCUUUUCUUUCUCCAACAGCAGAAGAAUCUUACUUCUUUUCUCAACCACCACCACCACCUUUAAACAAUAAUCAACCAGAUAAUUUCAACUUCAAUAGCAAAGUCAGUCCAAGUAUACUUCUCAUCAUUGUAAUCUUAGCUAUAAUCUUCUUUGUCUCUGGUUUACUUCAUCUUCUUGUUAGGUUUCUGUUAAGACCUCCAAAUAGAGAUACAGAUGAUUUGGAAAGUGUUAGUGCUCUUCAAGGCCAACUUCAACAACUAUUUCAUCUCCAUGAUGCUGGUGUUGAUCAAUCCUUUAUAGACACUUUACCAGUGUUUAAUUACAAAGCAAUUAUUGGUUUGAAAAACCCAUUUGAUUGUGCUGUUUGUUUGUGUGAAUUUGAACCAGAUGAUAAGCUUAGAUUGUUACCUAAAUGUAGCCAUGCUUUUCAUAUGGAGUGUAUAGAUACAUGGCUUCUUUCUCACUCAACUUGUCCACUUUGCAGAGCAAGUUUGCUCCAAGAUUUCUCAUCAAACACAAACUGUUCCACUCCCAUUGUUCUUGUUCUUGAAUCUGGGAGUGAAAGCUCUAGAGAAAUAAUCACAGACAGAGAUGUCUCUAGAGAUAAUCACAGCAGCUUAAGUGUUCGACAAAAUGCCCCAAUGAGUUUUCGCGAAGAAGAAGAAGAGGACAUUGAUUAUUCAUCUGCUAAAUCAACUGAGAUCCCACCUAAAAAUGAAGAUAACCCAAUUGAUUCAACCGAAAAAGUUGUCACUGUAAAGCUCGGAAAAUUCAGAAACGUCGACGGGGUUGUCGCCGGCGAAGGAAGCAGUACUACUAACACCAUUGCCGGCGAUGCAAGAAGGUGUUUCUCAAUGGGAUCAUUUGCUUAUGUAAUGGAUGAAAAUUCUUCUCUUCAAGUACCCAUUAGGACACCAUUGAAGAAACAAUCAAGCAAGAACAAGAAACCAAAUCUUCCAUUGAAGCCGGGACACAGAGCAGCUAUAUCGGAAUGUGAUUGCGAUUCCCGGAGAGAAUUUGAGUUCACCACCGGAGUAGUAGUAGAAGAGAGUUCUCGUAACAUAGUUGAGAGCAAGAGAAGAGAGAGUUUCUCCAUAUCAAAGAUCUGGCUUCGUUCAGGAAACAGAGCUGUUGGUUCAUCUUCUUCAAGAAGAGCUUUCUCAUUCCGGUUUCCCAUUCCCAGGAAUAAUCAUAACGGUAAUAACGGUAAUAAUAAUAAUAAUAAUAAUAAUGUAGUGGUUGUUUCAGAUGAGGAUUUGAAGAGCAAGAACAAUGCUUUUCCUAGAAGAACAGUUUCAGAAAUUGAUGUUGGAAGAUGGGAAAAUGGAAGAAGUGAAUUGGGUUUGGAUCAAGAUGAAAAUCAGAGCUGUAAUAGUUUGGAUUCAUCUCAAUCAAAUCAUCCAUCUUUUGCUAGAAAAACUCUUCUUUGGCUUAUGGGAAGACAAAACAAGGUUGUUCAUUCAUCUUUUGAUCCUAAUAUUUGAUAUUAAUUAUUUUUUUUUUAAUUUUUAAUUAUAAUUAUUCUAUUUUCAACACACAAAAUUUUUAGAAGAACAUGUUCUGUAACUUGCAUGGAAAAAAAAAAUUAGGAAAGAUAAUUGAAAAAAAGAAAAAAAAUGUUCAUUUCAUUAUUGGAAAUUGAAAAAUGUUUGUGUGGAAAUAUAGAUUUAUUCUUUUACAUUUGUGUUUGUAUGAUAUUAUAAUUUAUUUAAUUAUUACAUGUAUUUGUAGACUUGUAUUUUAGUUUAUUUUUGUUCAUA